CAUCAGCUGCAGUACCAGCGUAAUUCUUGUAGGAGCAGAAGCAAGUAGGAGUGUCCGAAAGUUUCGGAGCAUCUUCGAAAUUUCGAGAAAGUUUUUUUGUUUCCUUAGAAAAACGUGCUUUUGCUUCUCCAGAGCGUAGGAAUUUCUUGCGCGUUGCUAUUUACACAUAACGGCCUGUACUCUAUUUGAAAAUAGUGGGAGGUGUAUAUACACAAAUAUCUAGUUACUGCAUUGUGUGCAAUAUGGAGUCUCCUCUUGACUGUUGGAGCAUAGACAAGCUCUUGGGACAUGGUGAGGUACUGUUGAAGACUGGACAGUGGUCAGAUUGCCAGUUUGUUCUAGGAGAAGAACCUCAGCAGGAAAUUGUUAAAUGUCACAAAGUGUAUCUGGCAAAGUUCAGUCCAGUAUUUGAGGCCAUGUUCUUUGGUGUCAUGGCUGAGACAAGUAGUUUGAUACCAAUAAAAGAUAUACAGCCUGAGGUGUUCAAGAUCUUUUUGAAGUACAUGUACACAGACAAAGUCGAGUUGGACUCUUUGGAGUUGGCUUUUGAAUUAUGUUACUGCGCUCAAAAAUACAUAGUGACGUUGCUGGUGGAAGAAUGUAUGAAAUAUGUGCAUUCCAAAAUCUUGCCGGAGAAUGCCUGCAGGAUAUACGAAUUCGCCAGGCUUUUCGACGAUUCCGUAAUAAUGGACAAGUGUAUGUACGUCAUACGCACGAAUACGGUGACGAUAUUCAGGGAUCCAAGCUGGGAAGAUGUGCAAUUGACUACAGUUCUCACGAUUUUGGAGCAGAACGAGUUGCAAAUCAGUUCGGAGAUAGAAUUAUUUCGUGCGGUGGAGCGAUGGGCGAAAUCAGAAUGUCGUAGAAAGUCUCUCGAUCCGACCAAUGAAAAGUCGAUGAAGUCUGUUGUCGGAAAUGCGCUUUCUAAAAUAAGAUUUUUGAGUUUGACCGCACAAGAAUUCGCAAAUGGUCCUGGCGUGUCGCCUCUGCUCACAAGGGACGAAUCCUCCGUGAUAUUUGCGAAUAUAUUGAAGCAGGAAAAGUUUCAGCCAUUUACGUCUAAUAAGUAUCAGAAACAAUACGCAAUAUUUCCCCAUAAGCAGAAAAACCAACAGUAUUAUCCUUGUUACAAGCAAAAAUUCGUUGCCAUUGCCUACCAUGGCCAAAAAAAUAUAGGAUAUAGAAGAUGAAUAUAUUAUGUUUAGUAUAUAGUAACACACAAAAUAUCUGUUCGAGGAUCAAUACGAAUAGAGCAAUCAAUGACUGUUUUAAAUGUAAGUAACACAGAUUGCAAUUUAAACAAUGAAUCGAUUGCAAGAGUUAUAUGUAUAUAUUUGCAAUGAUUAUUAAUUUGUGAUAUAUUAAUACAUAAUCAAUUAAUUUGUGAUAUAUUAAUACAUAAUCAAUGAUGACGCGACAUAUUGCGCGCAUACAUUGAUAUGUAUUAUGCCUUUUUACCGUCCGGGAUGAAGUUAAGCGUUGUGAUUGUUUUCCACAUGUUUCUUCGACAGUGGAAAAAGAAAUACUCAGUCUGCCUUUCCUGCUCAAUAUUAGUACAAAUAUCUUUAUGUUAAAAAAAGAAAAAAAAUUGUAAGAUUUUGUACAGGAUGCUAAGUAACUCAGCCUAAAGACUGCCCUUAUAAAUGACUUUUUGUAAAUCUGCAAGAAGCAAUAAUUCGGCUAAUAGUAAGAGAUACAUUACACGAAUUUUUUUAUUUGAAUUUUACAUCUGAUGCUUGAUUUGUGUAGAAAAAAAUCACAAAUUGUGUUGAAAGAAAUCAGUCGCUAUUGCGGAAAAUAAAACAUGAUCAGAAAUCGAAUGUCCGAAUGUCUGCACUUAUUAGCCGUGUUAUUAUUACUUGUAGGUGAUUUAACACUGUAAGUUUUUGUAUAAAAAUAUUUGAGCACAACCAAAGAUCUUCAUAUUUUCUGUGAAAAUAGGUUAUUUUCGCUAAUAUGCAGUUUGAUCGAAUACAGAUUUUUUAUAGUUUCAUAAUCUUUAUUGUCUAUUUUUUUUAUUGACGAGAAUCCGAACAUGGGCUCAAAACGUUUAUUGUAUUGAUUAUAUUGAUUAAACAAUUUUUUUGUACUCAAAACUGUAUUUUGUCUUUUUUCAUGUUUAGAUUAUUAAGAAUCUAUCUACUUUUAUCUGUGAUUUUUUAUACUAUGUAUUUGCGGGAAAAAAAUCAUUUCCUUUAAAUACCCCGUAUCAGAGUUAUUUUCUGACUUGGAUACUAAAUCAAUAAAUUUAUUGCAUGUAAAAGUUUAUUUAGGAAAACAACAUGAUACAAAAUAUUACUGAAUUAUUUAUUUAAUUGACAUUUUUGACAUGUUUAUGAAAGAUAUCGAAUCACACAACAAUUUUAUUAUAUAUUUAAUGAACUGUGUGCAAAUAUAUUAAUAAACAAUUAUAUUCGUAAAUAAAAUUUUGCAAAAUUGAAAGAAAUUUCUUAGAAAUCACAAAACAACGAAUACAUAAAAAUAAUUUUACUAAAAUUCUUAUCUUUGUCUACAUUUAAGGAGGAAUAGAGAAAAGAGAAUAAAGCAUUUUUGUAGCGCGACCUUAUCCAAGUUUACA